AUGGAGUGUCCAGAUUUGCCUGCAAAGCAGGAAGUUUCUAAAGGACUGGGGUCAUCUGAUGGGACAUCAGGAGGCCUCUGUGGGGUGGUUUCUGGGGAACCAGAGGCAGGAACUGCCUGUGAAGGUGCUUUAGAGAAGCUGGAAGGGCAACCCUCAGAUGAGGAAGGGAGCAGACUGGAAAGUGACUUCUUCAAACUAACACACAAGGAUAAAGGUAAAUCCACAAAAGAUGGAUGUGAUGAAUAUAAGGAUCCAAGUCUGUCCUCUAAUGCUACAGAACAUCAGAGAGUUCUCAAGGGACAGAAAUUUUACCAGUGUGAUGAAUGUGGUAAAGCUUUUAAUUGGAGUUCACAUCUCAUUGGGCACCAGAGAAUCCAUACUGGAGAGAAACCCUAUGAGUGUAAUGAGUGUGGGAAGACUUUCAGGCAGACCUCUCAGCUCAUAGUUCAUCUCAGAACCCAUACAGGGGAAAAACCCUAUGAGUGCAGUGAGUGUGGAAAGACUUACCGACACAGCUCCCAUCUUAUUCAACACCAGAGACUCCAUAAUGGUGAGAAGCCAUAUAAAUGCAAUGAUUGUGGAAAAGCUUUCAACGAGAGUUCCAAGCUCUUUGACCAUCAAAGAACCCAUACUGGAGAGAAACCUUAUGAAUGCACUGAGUGUGGGGCUGCCUUUAGUCGGAGUAAAAAUCUUGUUCGACAUCAGGUACUUCACACUGGUAAGAAACCUCACAAGUGUAGUGAAUGUGGGAAAGCUUUCUGUUCUAAUAGAAAUCUUACUGAUCAUCAGAGAAUCCAUACUGGCGAAAAGCCUUAUGAGUGUAAUGAAUGUGGCAAGGCCUUCAGUCGGAGUAAAUGUCUUAUUCGACAUCAGAGUCUCCACACUGGGGAAAAACCAUACAAAUGCAGUGAGUGUGGGAAAGCCUUUAAUCAGAUCUCUCAACUUGUUGACCAUGAGCGAAUUCAUACUGGAGAAAAACCUUUUGAAUGUAAUGAAUGUGGUAAGGCAUUCAGUCUCAGUAAAUGUCUUAUUCGACAUCAGAGACUCCACACAGGUGAAAAGCCCUAUAAAUGCAACGAGUGUGGAAAAUCCUUCAAUCAGAACUCAUACCUCAUUAUACACCAGAGAAUUCACACUGGUGAGAAGCCUUAUGAAUGUAAUGAGUGUGGAAAGGUCUUUAGUCAUAAUUCUAGCCUUAUGGUUCAUCAAAGAACCCAUACUGGGGAGAAACCCUAUAAAUGCAAUGAUUGUGGGAAAGCUUUUAGUGACAGCUCACAGCUCACUGUGCAUCAGAGAGUUCACACUGGAGAGAAGCCCUAUGAGUGUAUUGAGUGUGGGAAAGCCUUUAGUCAGCGUUCCACUUUCAAUCACCACCAGCGAACUCACACUGGAGAGAAGCACUCAGUUCUGGCUCGCUCAGUUAGUUAAGACAUUCUCCAAAACAAAGCCAGAAACUUGAGUUAAAUUCAUUGUUUUUGUAAGAAAGAUGCUCACCCUGAUCUCUUGGUAUCACUGAUGAACAGCCAUUCCCUACAUUCUGCUGGGUCAUAAAGUUGGGAGAGUCACAGUGCCAUCAUUCCCCACUAUCAGGGAAGUAAGAACGACAGAUUUCAGGUAGUUGUAGGUUUCCUUCCUUCUCUCUCUCCAAAACUAUAGCUCUGGUUUUUGAAUCCCAUAGUCAGAUUGUGUGCUUGUCAAAGACAGUGAUUACAUGCUUCUUUUCUAUUGCAGCUAAUUCAUUUCACAUUUACAUAAAGUUACUCUCCAGUGCUCUGAUACUUACCUAUCUUGGGCAUGGCCUUUUCAAAAGUUCUGUUGUGAUCUAGAUCCUCAUCAUUUGCAUUCCCUACCUAGAAAAGCUCUUCUUAUUUGUUAAUGUUGGCCUCUCAGACCCUUUAAGAUCCAGCUCAUCUCAGAAAGACUUUCUUCUUGAAAUGCUUUUCCUUCCUCCUAAACUUCUGUUGAUUUGACCUCAUGCUUCAACUUACUUUGUGCUGUAAUUUGCAAUUGUUAUUAAAUUGUCUUGACAACUAUUCUCAAUGCAUAUGUGUAUAGUUUCAUACCAAUUUAAUGUAGGCUGUUUGGGGUCGGGUAUGAGAUCUUUGUCUUUUAGCACAUAGACAAUUCUCAUAUACUAGUUGUUUAAUAAAUAAGUUUUAAAAAUUCAUCUCUCCAGCCCUUUUUAACUGAGCAUGAACUCCCCUUCCACCACUGGACCAAAGACUUAAAGAUGAAUAUCAUAGGAUACCACAUACAAAAGCCUCAUUCAUAUUUUCUGAGUAUACCUCUGGAAGUCUUCCUGCUAUUACCUCAGCCUCAAAGAGCUAUUGAUUUGUGCUAGAGCAUCCCUCUGUUUGUCCUUGUGUAUACGUGUUGUCCAGGUGAUGGAGUCAGCACUCAUUUCCCCUGAUAACAUACUUUUCCCUGUUUUCUGUGAUUGGAAUUCACAGUGACUCUGAUAUCCCUAUCAGGUAGUUCUCUCUACCUGCAACUGCCAUCUAAUUUCAAGGUGAGAGGAGUACACUUAACUAUUGUAAUUAUCUUCUGG